CUCCUCACUUUGCUUUAUUGUCUGCAAAUUCAUAAAGUAUAUACUCAAAAAUGGCUAUCCAGACUUACUCCAUCUACCCCUCCAACAAAUAUAAUCGUCCACCUCCGCCAUCAACUCUUGUCCUUCAUGGUCUUGAUCUUCUCCAGCCUGCAAUAAUCCAAAACCAUCGGUUCUUUCACCCCUCAACCAGCUCUUUUUCUGAAGUGAUCGAGAAACUGACAUCCUCUCUUGCUGAAGCGCUCGAGCUGUAUCCACCAGUUACAGGAACGGUCCGUACCAAUGAAGAGAAGGAUGAGGUCUACAUCGCAUUGGAUCCUGCAAAUAUCCAGGGUACACCUUUUCUGGUCGAAACAAAAGAUACUCCAUUUAUUGGCAAUACGGAUGAUAUAGCUUCUCGAAAUGACCAAUUUCUCCCUCCAUUUGCAAGUAUACUUGCUGUGAAAGUGACUCAGUUUUCCUGCGGAACCAUAGCCGUAGCCUCCUCCAUAAACCAUCAAGUAGCUGAUCUACGAGGCUUUCUCGAUUUCCUUGAACUCUGGGCUCAAAUUGCUCGAGGUGAAGCCAUCGAUUUUAAAGAGAUCCCGAGUGAUUGGUCUCGUAAUCCCGGUCGAUAUUUCUCUGGCCUGGUCAAAGAACCAACAGCCGCAACCCUUCCUCCUCCUCCUCCACUCGAGGUUGUUCCUGCCCAAGAGGCCGGAAUAUCCCAGUAUCUCUUGCAACCAUCGUUUGCUUCACGAUGGAAAUUCACCAAAAGCUCACUGGAACAAUUAAAGAGCGAUCUCUCACCCGCUUCCGGUGAUAUGUGGAUCUCAACAGGUGAUGCAAUGGCUUCUCUUAUUUCUAGCGUCAUCACGCGCGCUCGCGAAAAGACAAACGUUGAAAGACUGGGAGGAAGAUCUAGCUCCGAGUCUCAGAUCGAGCAUUUAGCAAUGGUAGCUAAUGUUCGAGAAAGAGCUCCACAAAAAAACAUGUCAAAACAAUACUUUGGGAACUUCUAUAUCUUAUGGGAUGUUACCAUUCCUCGCUCCGACCUACUCUCCCCGACUUGCGAGGCAGCUUCUCGUAUCGCUGUCGCCAUUCGAACUGCUUUGAACGUUCAACUCUCAUCAGAAGCCAUUGCCAAUGAAAUUGCAUUUUUCGAAGACCCCAGAAACACUAAGCUUCCCAAUCGUAUUGUUUGGAAAUCUGAUAUAGUUUUGACGAACUGGUGUCAAUUUGAUUUGAAAGGCCCCAAGUUAGAUUUUGGAUGGGGGGAAGCUUUUGAUGCAGCAGGUGGUACUGGAGGGUUCUAUCCACCUGGAUACAGCAUGUUGAUACAAGAUAAGAAUUCAGGAGAUAUUUUUGCUAUGUUGGCAGUGGAAAUAGCAGGUGCAGAGGAGUUGAAAGCUGAUCCAUUACUGAACAAGUAUGCAACGAUGCUCCCAGCUUAAUGAUCAUCUCUCUCAUAAUAAAUAGCAUGCUUACACAGAUUGUAUAUAGUACAAGUUUUUG